CACAGUCCGUGAACGCAGCAGUAGCGCGCGGAACAGAAGCAAACAUGGCUGAAGCGGUACCUGACGGUGAGGUGCAGGCUGUGAAGCCACCACCCAAACGCAGACGCAUCCUCGACCCCUCGGCCAUCGUCCCGGUGCCGGUCUACUCCAGCAAGGUGAGCAGCAGUCUGCAGCUGAAGCCGAUGGCUCCUGUGUUUACAGAGAAGGAAAACACAGAUGACAGUGCAGGUGGUGCAGAUGACAGUUUGUGGUCGCAGUUUUCAUCUCGAGGAACGACACCACCCGUCGUCGCCCUCAGUGACUCCGAGGAGGACGAAGCAGAACGAGUGGAGAACAAAGUAGAAGACGACAAACUAGAAGCUGUUCGCUGCCCGUCCCCUCCACCUCCUGAGAGUCCGGUCCAGAAACAGUCCAGACAGGUCAAACAGAAGAUCAGUGAGAUCGACCGGAGGCUCCGGGCCGUGAACUCCCUUCUGUCUCCAGAGCCUCAGGACAGGACCAGGUCCAGGCGCUGCAGAGGCGCCCCGUCUCCGACGUAUGAGGAGGAGCAAGACGACGACGACGUCAUCAUUCUGAGCCCUGACUCGGGCCUGCAGAGCUCGCCGUACAGCUCCUCGCUCCGAGAGAUCCCGCUGAAGAUCCGCUGCCGAACGGACGUCCACAAGAUCCCGGUGACGUCUUCGACGCCUUUAAGCGACGUGUUGACCCAGCUGUCCGUCAUCCUCAACGUCCCGCCCCCUCGCCUCCUGCUGUUGAGGGAGGACGUGGAGCUGCCGACAGACUCCACCGUCGGCGAGCUCGGCCUCGGCAUCGCAGACAUCAUCGCGGCGGCCAUGUCUCUGGGCGAGCCCACGUCGGACUCGGCGCCGUUCUUCUCCGAUGACAGCGAGGCGGAGGGACCGGAGGAGCAGGGCGGGGCGGCGGGCCAGAGGCCAGAGGAGGAGUCGCCCAGCGGGGUGUCCAAAGUCCGAGCCCUGCUGACCGUCCUCAUCCUCUGCUACAUCAACCUGCUCAACUACAUGGACAGGUUCACUGUGGCAGGUGUUCUCCCCGACAUAGAGCAUUACUUUGGGAUUGACGAUGGGAAAUCUGGUUUACUGCAAACAGUUUUUAUCUGCAGCUACAUGUUCCUGGCUCCGUUCUUUGGAUACCUGGGCGACAGGUACAACAGGAAGUUCAUCAUGAGUUUUGGAAUUGCAUUCUGGUCUUUAGUGACUCUGGCCAGCUCCUACACCCCGAAAGAACAUUUCUGGGCUCUGCUGUUAACUCGAGGCCUGGUCGGAGUCGGGGAGGCCAGUUACUCCACCAUCGCUCCCACCAUCAUCGCUGACCUCUACGUCAAAGGGAAGAGGACGAACAUGCUCUCCGUGUUUUAUUUCGCCAUCCCUGUCGGCAGUGGUCUGGGAUACAUCGUGGGGUCUCAGGUCAGUAACGUAGCGAAGGACUGGCACUGGGCUCUGAGGGUGACUCCGGGGCUCGGGCUGAUCGCCGUGUUGCUGCUGCUGUUCGUGGUGAAGGAGCCUAAAAGAGGCGCGAUCGAAGCUCGACCAGAGCAUCACCUGCACCAGACCAGCUGGCUGACAGACCUGAAGGCCCUGAGCAAGAACUACAGCUUUGUGUUGUCCACCUUCGGCUUCACGGCGGUGGCGUUCGUCACCGGCUCUCUGGCUCUCUGGGCUCCGACGUUCCUCUUCAGAGCCGCCAUCUUCACCGGGGAGAAGGCUCCGUGUGUGGAGGCUCACUGCGCCUCCUCAGACAGUCUGAUUUUCGGGGCCAUCACCUGCGUCACAGGUGUGCUGGGCGUGGCCAGCGGCGUGCAGGUGAGUCGGCAGCUGCGGACGAAGACGCCCAGAGCCGAUCCGCUGGUCUGCGCCGCCGGUCUGCUCCUCUCGGCGCCUUUCCUCUACCUGGCCAUCGUGUUCGCUGAGCUCAGCACCGUCGCCACAUACGUUUUCAUCUUCCUCGGAGAGACGUUCCUGUCCAUGAACUGGGCCAUCGUGGCUGAUAUCCUCCUGUACGUGGUCGUUCCCACCCGUCGCUCCACAGCCGAGGCUCUGCAGAUCGUCAUCUCUCACCUGCUGGGAGACGCUGGAAGCCCCUACCUGAUCGGAGUGGUCUCUGACUCUCUGAGGAGGACCGACUCGUUCCUCUGGCAGUUCCGCUCUCUGCAGCUCUCUCUGCUGCUCUGCUCCUUCGUGGCCGUGGUGGGCGGAGCCUUCUUCCUCGCCACCGCCCUCUUCAUCGAGAGAGACCGACACCGGGCCGAGAACUACGUCCAGACAGAUGACGAGCCGAUCGUUGUUCCGAAAAGCGGCCGGUCCACUCGGGUCCCGGUGUCCAGCGUCCUGAUCUGACCACAGAAACCUGACGGAGGUUUUCAGGUGUUCAGUCCGGUCCUUCACACGCCUCAGGCUGUUUUAUUGAACGUGGUUUUAGGACUGAACCCCGACUCUCUGCCAUGCAGAAACAUUUUAGGAUGAGUUUAUUUUUAAAUGUUUUGUCUACGUUAUUUUUUAUAACUUCCCGGGAACAUGCCGUCGUCUCAGGAGAUAUCUUCACCUCCUUUCUUUCUCUGACGUGAGCUCAACAUGAAGUUCAUGUGAAAUGUUUUCAGAGCGGAGGUGACGUUGGAAAUGACUUUGAGAAUCGACAGAAGCUGCUCUGUGGACUUGGUUUUUAUUGGACUCUCAGGAACUCGUGGAGCGAAACCACCUGACGGAUCAGAAUCUGUUCUUACCUUCAGUCUGACUCUGAACCUGCUGAUCUGGGAUCAGCCAGAGAUCCAGAAAACAGAAAGACUUCAUGAUCUGUAUCUUCAGUUUAACCACAACCAAAAACCCUGCAGUGAGUUUCUACACAGGACGAGCUUUAUUAACCUGUUUUCAUAACCACGUGUUUGUAAAUGUCUGAGCUACUUUUAGAAAUAACACUAACGUUCCUACAGCGCAUUAACUACAGGAAGUGAACAUGAUCCAGGCUGCUGAGAUCUGGGAAGACUCCUGUUACCUCUGCACCUUUUAUUAAUUUCUUCAUCUUUUACAAACAUCCUCACUGGUUUUAAUCCUUUUCUCUCUCGUUUAAAACGUGUAAAGCAGCUUUACAAAGAGCUGGGACGUUUCUGUUUUAUGUUCUUUUAAGGAGAAACUCUCUGGUUUUCUUUGUACCAGGUCGGAGCUCAGUCUGGUUCAGAACCAAGUCGACCGUGGAGGAGAAGCUAGGUUCAGUUUGUCUGCAGAGAGGUAGAGAUCAUCAUGUGCUUAUUUAACAGAAAAGCUUUUUAAUGAAUGUCGAUAAUCAGUCGUUUGUUAACCUCAAAUUAUUUUAGCAAAUCUUUUUUGUGAACUAUUAAAGGAGAAUGAACUUGUCA